AUCUGCAGCACUUUACGAGGAAUACGAUAGGCUUCGUAAGGCCGGCAUCAGGCAUCAGCGACGGUCGAUGCUUAAAAAGGCUUGAUAUCUGCUAACUCUAAGCUCUUACUUUUUCCUCCAAAUACCACAGGAUUCAUACACAAAUUCUACUUGCUUGGAUUUUCAGAAGCAUUGCACGUCAACUAUGUCUCAAGGCUCUAGCAUCCCCAAUGCCCGCUACUCCACCAUCACCAACCACACCGUCGAACCGCCAGCAUGGUCAUCCCACCCCCGAAUCGACAGAUCAACCCUCACGAACUGCCGCCUCGCCGGCCUCUCUGAAAAGACCGUCUUCGACCGCUCCCGCCUCACAGACACCACAGUCACCUCUUCAGCUCCCGCAGCCCCCUCAGCGUCCAUAUCCGACGCGCAACCGGGGAAAUCGCGCUUCGACCGCAGCGUCCUCGAGCGCGCCCACGUGACAGACUCGCACCUCGACCGCUCCACCAUCACAGACAGCACGCUGAACCUCGCACGCGCGGACCGCAGUACUGUCUCUGGGACUCAAUGUGCCAUCAGCAACAGCCGGCUAGACCGUUCAACGGUCUCCGAUAGCUUUAUCAGCGGCGACAGUGUCGUCGAACGCAGCGAUGUCAAGGAGGGCUCUGAGGUCAGCGGCAAGAGCCGUCUUUCGCGCUCUCGAGUGACCGCCUCGCGGGUUAGGGACGAGACGAAGCUGGAUCGGAGCACGCUGAAGAACUGUAGCAUUGAGAGGAGUUCGGCGGGGAGAAGUACUUUGGAGGAUUGCCAGGUUGUGAACUGUAGGCUUGACCGGACGAAAUUCACGGGGAUGCGGUUGGCAAAUGGGCGGUGGGAGAGGGGGAAUCUGAUAGGGAGGUUGGGAGAGGGAGAGGUUAUAUGUGAGAGGAUCGAGCAGGCGAGGGAUGAGGAGAAGAGAGAGCGUGCGGAGACGCAGAGGGUGCAGGAGCCGUUGACGCCAUUAGAUGUUGCAGAAGUGCUUGCUCUACGUGAUGGGUUUUUGCCAGAUGAGAAGAGAUUGCAACCCGACGCCCCUGACUCACUUCGCAUAAACAUCGAGCAUUCCUCCGACAUCUCGAGAGAUCCAGACGCCAAGCGCGAAUACGUCAGUAGCCCUAUUUCAGAGGCUGGCACCGCGAGCUCGGGGGUGGGCUGGUCGACGGGUCUCCCAGACGAUGAAACUGCGCAUGAGCUUGAGACUUACGACGGACCGAGAACAUACACGCCUCCACCGCCCUACGAUGGCUGAGAUUGAGCAGAGGUCUAGGAUACAGUACUAGGCCAUAACUCUAGUCACACGUAUAUACCACCCUUACCAAUUCUCUAAAGCACAAAGUCAGGUUUGAAACGUAUUGAACAUCACAUCUUACUAUCUAAGCUCAUAUAUCGUCCUGUGGGCCCUCGGUGUUCUUUUCGCUUUUUCAAAGUGGUAUUGCACUCAAGCAGUGAUCUAUAUAUCUUGCGCCUCCAGAGUCAGACCAGGUGCUCAAGCGCUUUGACACAUACCAUAUACCCUCGAAGCCGGACUAGCAGAUACAAGAUUUUAGAAGCCUAAUGCAACGUUCCACGCACUAUGGAUUAGACUAUGA